AUGCACCAAAGCCCCGGCAGCGACGUGCCCAAUGUGCCCUGGCCAUGGCUGCAUGAGAAAGACUACAUGCAGGAUGGCAGGAAGAGUGUGACUGGCAAUCCCGAAUCCCGUCAGCCGUCACGGGCUGUCUCCACGGUAUCUGGAACUGCUGUGAAUGCUGCGAAUGCCUCGCCUGCAGGCCAACCGACGUCGACGCCUGAUCUGAAUGGCACAUUCAGCGACACAGUGACGCCCAUGUCGAAUCUGGUUGAGAACCUGGUGGCAUAUGCUGCUAGUACGGCCUUCUUACCAGAUGACCGGUCCACCCGACGACACCACUGGGAAUCCGUAUCGCUUCAGCUUGCCGAGUUGUGGGGAUAUGGAAGCGUCUUCAAUCCACGACGUGCUCUUUACGAGCUUGUGCAGGUAUACCUUGACAAGUUUAACGUCCUCUGGCCGCUACUCAACCACGAGCAACUCGAUCCAGACACGCACCAUCCGAUCUUAUUCCUGGUGGUGACCUCAGUUGGCGCCAUGUUCGGCCAUCCCACGCAACGGGAGUUUGGAAGUCUUAUGCAUCAACGUUUGCGAAGACUGCUGUGCGCUAGUCUUUACGACCUGGAAGGACCCGGCGAUGGGAUGGUGUGGCUCGCCCAAGCUCGAUUGUUGACACAAAUUGCAUCACUUUACUUUGGCCAGCAUCAGAGCUUUUCUUAUGCUCAGCACCUGUCGGCAAUCACAAUUGCCCAGCUUCGCCGUAUGGACUUCUUCCGCGAGCCCAUACCAGACAGAGUCAUUCGCUCGUCGGACCUGACACCAGAGGAAGAAUUAGCUCGUUUUCACGACUUCGAGUGCCGAAGGCGCAUUGCAUUUGGCAUCUUGAGAACUGACGUCUACACAAGCAUCCUACUCAACACUCGGCCACUCUUGACUUCGGAAGAAAUGAAGCUGACUUUCAUUCGGCCUGACUCGCUUUGGCUCAACACCGGCAAUCUCACCCCUGAGCAACAGCUGGCUGCAUACCGUAUGGAGGAGUCACGCUGUCUACAGCUGCCGCUCUCCGACCUUGUGCGUAUCUUCUUCGAGCGCAACGAGCCAAAUCCUUACCUUGGUCCGGUCGGUCAUGAAUUGGUCCUUUUUGGUCUUCAGGAAGCCGUCUGGCGGUUCUCACAAGAUCCUGAACUGUUCCCACGAUUGACGGGUAGGUGUCUGGCAGACACUGAUAUCACUUACACAAGUCGCAUUCUGGCCAAUUCUGAUUCGACAAACGGUCACGUGAUACCUGGAAGUACUGGUUUCUGGCAACGACGAAUGGACGAUCUGCAUGGAGACCGGCUACGACUUGUGCGGGCGCUGGAUACUUGGUCCAGCGCAGUGGAUCUUGCAAUCUCCAGGGGCGCAUACACAUUACAUCGCGACACGUUGAUGUCGAGCAUGCUUCUUUAUCGGUUAAGCAAGUUGCGGCUUUGUGCGCCUCUGGAGGAACUCCACCACAUUUCGUACAGAUCUGCCCAUCCCAAAACAGUCGAUCUGCAUGUCCACCGCAAGAUCGAAGCCUGGCUUGAGAGCAAGUUUGCCGUAGAAGCAGCUCAUCUGGCUUGGGAUGUCAAGAUGCUGAUUGAGACGAAUCUGCAGCGACCCGCAGAAGAGCGAGCUCGUUUCAACUACCUUUCAUUCUGCAGCUUACAUCACGCCGCCGUCGUUCUCUGGACUGUCAUAGCGAUUCACAACAACGACCCCAUGGCCAGUACCUUCGACAUUCCGAACCAUUCGAUUGAUCUGUUCUUGCGGGAUUGCAAGAAUCUUUUCAGCAGACUCAGUCCGUUGGGCAGCAACUCAUUUGAAGCCGCAGCGGAAAGGCUUCAACGCUAUCGCUUCCCUCGCCUGGACCCUACCAUGAAAUGA